AAUUGUGAGACGGAUUGGAUGGUUUGGAAGAAAACUUUACUGCGAUAUAAUUGGAGAAAUUUCAAGGAUUUUGACAUACUUACGAGUACAUACAUAUGUAGAUAUUUGGAGUUGGUACAUAAGGAAAAAAAUGGAAACAGCUGGAAAGCUUCGUCGGAUGAACGCCAGAAUACCCCAAUCAUUUUUAGAUAGCUUCAAUGAUGGUUGCGAUAAGUGCAACAACCUUCAAAAAUUGUUUGUGGACAAAAUUACAGAAUUGGGAGAAUUAAUUGAAAAACAAAACAAAGUUAUCAUUAAUAUUUUGGCGGAACAUACCGUUUUGUUACAAAAUCUAACUCAAAAGGAGAAGGGAACUGUUCGAGCUAUUUCCAAAUUUCCUAUCAAAACAGAUGAUGAUAUCGUGAAAUUAGAGGCGGAAAUAAAUGAUGAUAAUAGAGAUUGCUAUAUUUCAGCAGUGCAAUACUUGUUGCAAGGAGAGGUUGUAAAAAAUUUCGAAAAAGUUUUGGCGCGUAAAUUUUGCCUUGAAUACAACAUUUAUGGAAUUGGCAACAAAAAGAGCUUUAAGGAUUAUUCUAUGAAGCAAUUGGAAAAACAGCAGUAAAUGCGGAAGCGGAAAUGAGGAGGGCUUUUCAGGUCGUAAAAAAGAGGCAUUUUCGGCAGGUUUCUUCGAUCAAAAAUCAUACCUAAUAU